GCUUUGUGCGGACGGACCACGCCCCGGCCCCGGCGAGCGGUGCACCAGGCUAGGGUUAGCGCACAACGGCUACAUCCGGGCACUCUGCUCGAUAUACAACAAGCCCUGCGAAGAUGGCGACUUCAGGGAGGAGUGCAUUAUUAUCCUCCGCCUCAACUGGAUCUAAGAGCACACUGGAGAACUCCAACCCAGAGGAGGAUGACGGACAGGACUUAUGGUCCACCAUCCUGAGUGAAGUGUCAACCCAUUCAAGAUCUAAGCUACCGUCGGGGAAAAAUGUCCUGGUCAUGGGUGAGGUGGGUUCGGGGAAGACCGCCUUGGUUGCAAAGAUGCAGGGGGUUGAAGAGUUCAUGAAAGGGCGUGGCCUGGAAUACCUCUACUUCAGUGUCUAUGAUGACGACAUUGAUGACCACACUAGGUGUAACGCCUGGGUGUUAGACGGAGACCUUUACCACAAAGGUCUGCAGGGAGUAGCCGUGCCAGUGGACUCGAUCGGCAACACGUUGCUGCUGAUAACGGUUGACAUGUCGCGGCCGUGGAAUGCUCUGGACUCUCUCCAGAAGUGGGCGGCCGUUGCUAGGGAACACAUCGACAAACUCCGGGUCGCCCCAGAAACACUGCGGGAGCUGGAGCACAGACUUGUAAAACAGUUCCAGGAGUACACAGAGCCAGGAAGCGGAGAGGAUGGCACCCCACAGAGGAGGAGUGAUGAGGAGGAGAGUGUGCUGCUGCCGUUAGGAGACAACACACUCACACACAACCUGGGAAUACCAGUGGUGGUAGUCUGCACCAAGUGUGACGCCAUCAGCACGUUGGAGAAGGAGCACGACUACAGAGACGAACACCUGGACCUCAUCCAGUCUCACAUCAGACGUUUCUGUCUGCAGUACGGGGCAUCUCUGGUUUACACAUCAGUGAAGGAGAUGAAAAACCUGGACAUCCUGUACAAAUAUCUGGUCCACCGACUCUAUGGCUUUCCCUUCCACUGCCCGGCACAAGUGGUGGAAAGAGAUGCCGUCUUCAUUCCAUCAGGUUGGGACAAUGAGAAGAAGAUUGCCAUUCUUCACGAGAACUUCCAGACAGUAAAAGCAGACGACAGCUUCGAGGAAGUAAUAGUCAAACCGCCAGUCAGAAAGAUUGUACAUGAAAAGGAGAUUCAGGCAGAAGAUGACCAAGUGUUUCUGGUAAAACUCCAGUCGCUGCUCGCCAAACAGCCCGCUGUGACCGCAGGGCGACCAGUGGACACCACCAGUCGAGCACCCACCGGCUCACCCAGGACGAGUAAUCGCUCCGCAGCGGCCAAUGUAGCAAACGCAAUGCCACAGUCGGGUCAGACCAGUGAAGGUGUUUUGGCCAACUUCUUCAAUAGUCUACUGACAAAGAAAGCUGGUACAGGGGGGCCCGGGACGCCAGGUGGCGGUAACAACACUCCAGGAACAGUACGCAAGUCAGACAUGAACACAACACAUGGUUCGAAGCUGGGCCUGAGCGACGUACAGGCAGAGCUGGACCGCAUAUCCAGCAGGGAGACUGACUCGGACUUGCCCAAUGCCAACGACACCCCUGCCGCCGACGGCCAGGACACAUGAAGACCAACACACUUCACCCUGCUCUCCUUCUCCCCACCCCACCUCAGUCACCUUCCACCUCUGUUGUUCUUCCUCCCUCCGCUCCAUUACAGAGAUGCGGGGAGAAAGAGGGAUGUAGGCACACAACUUUCCCCCUCCAUCGUCUUUCACUUGCUCCUCAAGGAGAAUAACUCACUCUAUCUUCCCCAAACCGCUUUUCCAGCACCUUGUUCUCCUUUCCCUCCUCUCUCCUCUCCACCUGGCUGUUGCGCUGAGGGCGAGCAUUUGUCACUGUUACAUACAAGACUGUCUGUUACAUGAGAGUAAAUGGGUAUGGGCGGGGGGACCAGUUGGGCUGCGGAGGUCGGGAUGAGAGGAAGUGAGAGGUGGGUUGAAAGAGAUUGAUUGCAGGAAUGAAUAAGAUGGUACAGUUGGUGUUUUUACUGUAGGAACUGCUGAAGGGUGCAUGUUGAAGAAACUGCAUUUUGGUUUAUCAUAGGGAUAAUUGUGUGUUUAAUGUAUGUGGGGCAAGUCACACUUGGCCAGAGGAAGAGACUGAGAACAACAACAACAAAAAUGCCUGAAACAAAAUUGCAAACAGUCAUGUUUUUUAAGAUAAAGGGACGUACAUACCAGUAUUUGUGUGUGAAUGUGUGUAUGUGACAGUGAGUGACUGUUUGUGUGUGUGUGUGUGUGUGAGAGAGAGAGAGAGAUGGAGAGAAGGAAAGGAAGUCAUUCAACCUAGACCUGUAUGUCGAGAGAUUUUGGGCUGUUUGCAUUACAACCAAAAGGCAAAAACAUUACUAUGCUCUUACACUACAAGCUCUUAAAACAGUGCAUACACUAUUAUUACAGCAGCACCGUCAAGCCAAACAUGACAACAACAAAAUAAAUACUUCAGAUCAAAGUUCAAACUCAAGCAUUAGUCCUGUGUAGAGGGUACCCAGGUCCAUCAUGCCAACCCAAUUCUACGAUUGGCCAAACUUCCCCUCGUGGUAGAUACUGCUCAAACCUGUAGAUAACAGACAGUGCACUGAAAAGGGAGGGGGUGGUAGAGGGUAGGUGGGGUAGCUGAGCUUUACUUGUACAGAAAGAAGCACUAGUGAUUCAGUUCCAUAGUUACUGCGGGCAGGGUGGCGGUAGUGGGCGGUGGUGGUGGUGGUGGGCGGGCAAGGGAGUCAGAACAAUGGAGGGUCACACCAAGAAUGUACAGUCAUUGUCUCGCUGAUUGGUCCUGUUAUUUCAGAGCUCUGUGUUGGCGUUUGUAUAAUCAGAUCUGUUAAUCAGUCAAAUAAAAGGUGUAUUUAUUCGGAUUCAUCCA